CUUGUUGAGCCUUCGUCCCGGCUUAAUUGUGAUAGUGUUCAAUUACUGUCGAAAUAGAUAUGAGACUUGUUCUGAGAAAACUGGGCUUAAUGCAUGUGCGUAAAGUGUCAUCCCAGAUUAGCCUGUGCAGUCCGCACAGGCUAAUCAGGGACGACACUUUUCGCUUGUAUAGUAUUUUUAGUUUCAAGGAAGUUCCUCCUUACCGAAAAUCAAGUUUAGGCUAGGAAAAUGGAAUAAGACAUAAAACAGCACAACGCCGUACACUUGACCGACCUUGGCCAGGAACUCGGAGGUGGUGCAUUCUUUCGACUUGUCCCAGAGGGACACCUGGACAUCUGCAGGUCGCGUUGUGGUGAUCCGUUGGAGGUCGCUGCCUUCAACAAGCAUCCUCACCAUUUCGCCUCCCUCAUUUUCUCACAGGGCAUACAUAUACUGACAAUUUUCGCGGAGGAAACUGACCAGUAUGGCGUGGAAAUAGACAUGGUUACAGUGGACAUCAAUUCCUCCCAGUCGCACGCCUCGUCUGUAUGUGAGGUGUUCUGUUUCGACAACAUCCGGUAUCGCCCUGAUGUCACGGAGGAUCAACACGCCGCGAAAGGUCGGGCGGUUCAGAAGAGCCGGCUGACGAAUUGCGCGGAGGAAGACAACGUGAACAUUCCGGUAUUCCAUGAGUCCACGAGAAUAUUCACAGUGACCGCUAGUCUUCCGAAACACACGACAUUUGCAAACAACAGAGGCGCAGAUUUUACAAACCGUGAGAUGGCGGAAAAGUUGUUUUAUUUUUCAGGGAUUGGAGAUCAAAAUAGGUCAUGAACUGCUAAAGAUAGUUCGGCUUUUUAUUUGAAUUUAAAUCCCGUGAUCGGGGACUCGGGCUCAAAUCAGGUCGGUAGACUAGUUAUCACGUUCCCACUCAGUGGGCCUUCGAAAGGAGCAAUGGAAUCAGAAACUGGUUUACGCUUUGUUUUACAUAAUGUUCACUACAGCGGCUCGCUUUUAAUCCAGUUCGACUAUUUCAAUCGUUAUGGGAAAUGGUCUACUGCACAACACGCAACUGUGGUCGACUAUGAACAACUACUCGAGUUUAAUUCAACAGAUCUUAGUUUGCGAGAAGGUAGCUCAAAUGAAAUAAGGAUUACAUUCUAUUCAAAACAAAAGAAUCCAGAAUCGCUACAUAAAGGCAAGAUAUACGCGAUAAAACGUAUCUUCCAAACAGACGUAGCAACGGAGGUAUACAACGACGGUAAGACUGUGAUCGAAGUAGUAAAGGUCGACCUUUGGUGGCGAGUUAACCAGAGCAUGACGGUAACCAUUAGCAACACAGGGCGCACCGACUACGGCGUCCACUUUUUCCGGGUGUACCAGCGCGUGCCGUGGUUGUCGGACGGCUGGUCCCAAGUUUUCGUCAUGUACCAAGAUGGCAACAUCCGUAUCCUCCCUAUCCCUCCGCACGGCCUUGACUGGAUUCCAUUCGGUUCGUCCGUCAUAAUCGGCCAGACUAAUCCCGCCGACGUCCGUCCGUGCGCACCCAUCGAUCACGUGAACAUUAAUACGGACACGCUACAACUGACGUUGCACUACGCCGACGGUGGCGUCGUCACCAUGAAGGUCGAGUCGCUGGUCAAAGAAACCCGUCUGCUUAUCUCUAACGCGACGUUUUUCCGACCCAGAAAUCUUUAUCCAUUUUUCACAUUCCGGUCCAUGUACGUAUCCGACGGAAACGGUGACUUAAACCGCAUUUCGGCGGACGACGGUCAUAAUUACUCUAUCAUAGAACCAUGGGGUUCACUUCCGGGGAUGUUAUUUGCAUUUUACCGACAGUGCAUUUCGAAGCAUAACACUCUCAGUCCAGACAUACAGUUGCAUAUUAUCCGGUAACAAUGUGUCUUGCCAAUCUACGGUAGUUAUGUAUCUGAUAUUUCAGCUAAUUAUUUGCUUCAAAACUAUGUACAUGUAAAUGGUAAUAUUCUUAAAAAAACGUCUGCGUUUAUCUGUUGUAAGGUUAAGAGUAUUCACAUAUCAGAAAAAAACAUUCAACGAAAUGAACUUUAUUGUUAAUUAGCCGUAUAUUUUAUAUUUACCAAACUUUGUAUAAAUUAAACAAGUUAUAACCUGUAUAUGAUGGAACAGAGAUUUCAAAUCGUAAAUACAUCAAAGAAGUUAAAGUUAAAAGAAAUGCGAUCCUUAAUAAAACUGUUUUACAUAUUUCAUCACCCCCUUGACAUAACUUGUGUUAUGUGUUAUUGCCAUAGAUUGUGUUUAUGUGUGUCUAUACUUUUAAUUGACGUUUUAUGUUAUAUUAUUUAAUGGUAUUAUUAGUUUUCACGUGACAGAACAUAAUUCGUAUAUUAGAGUAUGAAGACGA